AUGGAAGGUAAGCUAAAAACUACACCACUUGACCCGCGUUUCCCCAACACGAAUCAGGCGCAGCAUUGCUGGACGCGAUACAAUGAGUUUGUACUUUGUCUGAAAAACAAUGAUGGCGACGAAGAUGCAUGCAAGACGUACUAUCAGAACGCUCUCUCGCUCUGUCCUAAUUCCUGGGUGGAACGCUGGAAUGAACAACGUGAAGAAGGCACGUUUCAGGGCAAAAGUGUAACUUUGCGCCGGAAAACUAUUUGA